GCGGCCCAGGCGGAGGGAGGAGUGUCUGACAGUUGGCGCGACCCGGAGGGCGGGCGGGCGGGCGCCUCGUGGGGGUGCGGGCCCGGAGGGCCAGACUCAUCAUGCAAAGCCACUGAGACGUGCGUGUGCUCACUUCCUGACUCAGAGUAAACACCCCGGACCUGCUCCAUGGGCUUCAGAAUCACAGAGAACUUGCUUUUGAAUCUCAGAAAGGCUCCAGGAAGCAGGAUCAAGGCCAGGGAGACAAUGGUCUCAGUGACUAUGGCCACUUCCGAGUGGAUCCAGUUCUUCAAGGAAGCCGGCAUUCCCCCAGGACCUGCUGUUAACUACGCUGUGAUGUUUGUGGAUAAUCGGAUCCAGAAGAGCAUGCUGCUAGAUCUUAAUAAAGAAAUCAUGAAUGAGCUCGGCGUGACUGUCGUGGGUGACAUCAUUGCCAUCCUCAAGCACGCCAAGGUGGUGCACCGCCAGGACAUGUGCAGAGCGGCCACUGAGUCAGUGCCCUGCAGCCCCACCCCCCUCCAGGGCGAGCUUCGCCGGGGCGCUUCUAGUGCCGCUUCUCGAAUGAUCGCCAACAGCCUGAACCAUGACUCUCCACCCCACACUCCCGCACGGCGGUCAGACAACAGCACCUCCAAGAUCUCCGUCACCGUGUCCAACAAGAUGGCAGCGAAGAGUGCCAAGGCUGCCGCUCUGGCCCACAGGGAGGAGGAAAGCCUGGCUGUUCCCACCAAGCGGCGCCGGGUUACUGCCGAGAUGGAGGGGAAGUACAUCAUCCACAUGCCCAAGGGGACCACGCCCCGGACCCGGAAGAUCCUGGAGCAGCAGCAGGCAGCAAAAGGUCUCCAUAGAACGUCUGUGUUUGAUCGUCUUGGUGCAGAGACCAAAGCAGACACAACCACGGGGACUAAGCCCACAGGAGUUUUCAGCCGCUUAGGGGCCACCCCCGAGAUAGAGGAGGACCUUGCUUGGGACAGUGACAAUGACAGCAGCAGUAGCUCUGUCCUGCAGUAUGCUGGGGUCCUGAAGACGCUAGGACGAGGCCCAACCAAGGCCAGUCCCCAGCCAGCACUGACUGUCAAAGCCAAGGCCACAAGCUCUGCGACCACAACAGCUACCACUCCAAAGCUGCGGCGCCCGGCACUUCCCUCUCGCCCCGGACCGGAGAAGAAGCCGGAUUCCCUGCCCAAAGUCAGCAUCCUUCAGAGACUGGGCAAGGCUGCCGUUGUGUCCGAGGCACAGGACAGCCAGGUCACAAGCACCAAGAGUAAGUCCUCAGCUGAGGUCAAGUGCGCCAUUAAGAGGACUCUGGUCGGGCCCCGGGGGAGCAGCCCCAGCGAGAGCCUUGGUGCCCAGAUGGACCACGCAGGCGCUGUGAGCGUGUUCAAAAGACUGGGCAGAAGGACUCUCUAGCCACACACGGGUGGGGUGCAGUGUGGAAUGGCAGGCCGGCUCCUGCCUCAUCCCUUCAGCUUUUCUUGAGGGCGCAUCUUUCCUCCCUCGAGCUCUGGAUGGCACUAGGCUGGGCUCUCUCCGGCAUGUAUGCUGGUUCCGGGCGCUCGGGGACACAGGCAUUUGUGCUGGUCUUUGAUGUGUCUGUGGCCUGACCGUGCUUGCUCUGGGACUUUCCCUUCUUCCCUGCCCUCUGUCCUCUGUGGAGUAACUGUCACCUUGGCAUAGUCCCCUCUUCUACCUCUUCCCAAAGCCACCCCUGGGAGCAGCAUCUGCUGCCUUAGGCCCUCCUGCUGUGACUGCCCUGCCACAGAGGUGUCACCUGGAGGUCCUCCCUUCGGCCCACCCUGCGCCUCCCCUCCCUUUUCUACCCCUCCCCGCCUGCUGUGCUGUCUCCCCCCCUCUCUUCCCUCUUUUCAUUUCUCUUCUGUUUUCUGUCCCUGUGGCAAGGCCCGACCGUCCGCAGCAUCCUGCCCGACCCUCCUGCACCUCUGGCCUCCCAGCGGCCCCCUCGUCGACGGUGGCGGCGAACCUGUAAAGAC